CUUGCCGUCUAGACCACCAUGAAGACCUCGCGUCGAAGCACCCCCAAAGGUCGGUCUGGCUGCCUGACCUGCAAAGCCCGUCGUGUGAAAUGUGACGAAGCCAAGCCGACGUGUCAGCGAUGUCGUCGUGCCAACCGCACCUGCGAGGGAUACGCCGUGCUCCACCAGCAGCAGCAGCCGCCGCCGGACCGUGACCAGCAACCGAGCUCCCUCCACCCGCGGCGAUUGCCAAUCAUCACAGCCUACAACAUCCCCUUCCGCGUCCCCGGCAGUCAAGCCGAUCGGGAACUGCUGCAUUUCUACUGCUGCGAAGCCGCCCAGAGUCUCUCCAGCUUAACCGACCCAACCCUGUGGACGCAGCUGGUCCUGCAGCGCUGCCACACGCAACCCAUCAUCCGCCAUGCGCUGGUGACGCUGAGUGCGCUCUAUCGCGAUCAUUGCGACCGUGGCCCACAAUCGCCGGAAACACAGCGACAACCCUCCCCGCGGAGUCUGGAGUUGAUCGCCAAGUCCCACCGUCAAGUCUGCCGCCAUCUCUCUUCUCCGCACGCCUCCUACGAGGUUGCCCUGAUCUGCGGGGUGCUGUUCUACGCCUUUGAAACAUUAAUCGGCGAGGCCGAGGCCGCCAUCCGCCAUCUCGAUCAGACCCUGCUGCUGUUCCGAAGGUAUCGCGACGACGACGCUGCGCGCCCGGGGUGCCGCGACGGACACCCGGUCGCGGAUGAUCUCCUGCCGCAUUUGAAUGCCCUGCUGGCGAGAUUAGAUAUCCAAGCGAGCAUGUACAACGAUACCCGGCCGUUGGUGCUGCUGCUGGGUCCGGCUGAAUGGGAAGCCGAAAAAAGUCUGCGACCCCGACCGGCCUCACCGCCAUCAGCGCCAUCAGGGCCAUCAUUGCCCGAACUCCCAAGCGACAGCGACCCCACCGCGCCUUCGCCAACCGACCUCAAUGCCAAAGAAAGAACCCUAAUAACCCUCCAAGCCCGGCUUCUCCGCCACCUCAUGCUCCACGUCUCGCAUAAGAACCACCCCCUCGACAGCCUCCCGCCGUCCAUACUCCACGAACGUCGCGCGCUGGACGCAGACUUCCAGACGUUUAUCGCCUCCCUCACUGUGCAUCCUGCACCCCCGUCCUCACCCGCAAGACCUAUCCCGCACACGCACAUGCACAUGCAGUGCCCGACAAAACCCCAGCAGCAACACCAACGCCUCCUCCUGUACCGGAUUCAGGCCCAACUGUCCCACAGCAUCAUCCGCGAGAACAUGAUCACCUCUGAUGAUGAUGAUGAUAAUGAUGAUCACGAGCAGCCAUCACCGUCAUCCCCAAGAUGUACAGACACGAUAAUGGACGCCACGCUUCGCGCCGCGCUGGACAAUAUCAUCCUCCUUCUGGGCGGGCGGGCCAGGGAAUCCGUUACGCCGGAGCGGGACGAUAGCAGCAGCAGCAGCAGCAGUAGCAGCGACAACGAUAUCAACAGUCCCGGCAGUCCUGUUCCGCCGUCCGAUAGAGGGACAGCCCAUGGGCAUGGGGGUGGAGAGGGAGCAGGUGCGGGUGCGGGUGGCACCUUCAGUUUCACCCUUUCCACCCAGCUGAUCGCAGGGCUCUAUUUCAUCUGUCUGAAGAGUCAUGACCCUCGCACGGUGGAUGAUGCAUUGUUGCUGUUGCAGAAGAAUCCGCGGUUGCCCAGGCGGGAGGGGCUGUGGGAUGCUGGGGUGGUGGCCAAGGUGGUCGAGGGGUUGCGGGAGAAGAAACGGGCGUAUGAGCAACGCAUGGAAGGACUGCAGGAAAAGAGGGACAGCAAUCUGCUGAGAUUGGAAGAUGUAGGGGAGGGGAUUCUGGACGCCGAGGGGGUCGGGGGUGUCGCGGAGGUUUUGGAUCUGUUAAGAUUUGGUAGCAAGGAGGACCGAGAGCAGCAGCAGCAGCAGCAGCAGCAGCAGCAGGAGGAUGUCAUGACCUAGCUAGUGUAGCUAGCUUCUUUUCGGUUGACUUUCUUAAUACUAUUGGACCUUUUU